AUGGCCCGCCCCCAGACAGAGAGUGGAGUGGACCGCCAUGGCCGGGGCAGACUAAACAGAUGCAGCAUGGAGGUCCAGCGGCCAGACACCUGGCCUGGUGGCAGCAACCACCCUCUCCAGGCUGCAUACCACAAGUCCUACCAACUGCUCCCCAACAUGGACACCCAGCCCAGGCAGGGCUCUCCUCCCCCCCAGCCCCAGAGAGAAGCCUCCCCACCCCCCAGUGCCCAUCCACUGGACACCCCCAGAAGAGCAAGCACAGGUAGGUUAUUACUACUAGUUGCUGGAUACUGUGAUGUUUCAUGUAGUCUGUGUUGCUGUUCUUAGGUAUAGGCCUAAAUGGUAAGCCACUGAGGCAGAAACCAUGGUCAUGUUAGAAUAGGAUUAUAAGUGGUAGCUAUGAAUAGCUUACUGCUAUGAGGAAAUUCUAGCAUCAAAGGACAUCAUGCUCACAUGCCAGUGCAGUGGCAUUGGAUGGGAAAGUUCCCCACUUAACUGUGUGAUGGAAUGUGUGAGUCAAUCGAAAAGGAAAGUUGAUGAAAUAGAAAUGCAUUGAAUAUGAAGCAAAAGACUUCAAUGUGAUUGUUAUUAUACUUGUAAGACUCGUUGAUACUUGUACGUCUAAGUGAAGUUCCUCAUCUGUUAAUUUUCCACCAAGUAUAAAUGGGUAGGCUAGUAGUCAUAAAACUGUUGUCAUCACCGUAGGAUGUAAAUAUCAAGCAGUGCAGAAAAUGUGCCCUUUAAACAGCCUCCCUUAUAUAGCCUAAACCUAUUGAUGCUUUACCUAGAUUGCCUUAAGUAUGAACUUGCUAACUAAGAAGGUUGCCCCUGGCAAUGGCAUGGACCCCAGAUAGAAAGCUCUCAACCGAAUGUUACACAUUUGCUACUGUUUUAUGCACUCAGUUUGAUCUGGUGUGUUCAUGCUUGUGGAAAGAGUAAACAAACCGCUAAACAAUUGAGAUGGGAACCAAUGAGGAGAGAGGCCUGAAAGAAGGCAGUCAGAGUAUUGCAUCUCAAAUAGGAGCAUCACGGUCAUUGACAGCAGUGAAAAGUUUAGCCUAUGUACACAAUCUACAGUAUGUGGGGUAUUGUCACUGUCAUUUAUUGCAAUGGUAAGUGUGGAUUAGGCUAUUUCUCUGAAUCUUGUCAGAGAAGAGUUCAGGGUUGUACUGAUGUGGUGUGGUGUUGCUGUGCAUGUGAGGUCUUUAGGGCUGCAGGCUUUGGUCUUGGGGCUAUGUAGUUACUUAGGAGGCGAGGGAAGCAUUUUGAGCACGUGGCUAUGCAACUGAAAUAAAUAGUUUGGAAUAGUAUCUCUCUCUGGCGCUCGCUCCCUCUCUUUCUGGCUGUAAGUCAAACGCUGUGGCUGGGGCAUGUUGAGACUUGUCCCCUGCUCAUGACUUCCCAUAGAGAGAAGUCUGCUCCACUUCCUUCAGUGGGAGUUCAGCUCAACAAGCCAGUCGACCAUCCAUCCUGUCAAUAUAUAAUGCCCUCCAUGGUUAGAGGCAUAGCCUACCCUCUCUCUCCCCGUUUCCUUCCGUAGGGACCGCAGCUGGUCCUACUUGACCAUUUCUGUUUCUUCUGUAAUCCCUCUUUUAACCCCUCCCCUCCCUUGUGUUUUCUACCUUUGCGCUCUCUGGCUCUCACUGCCUCUUCCCCAGUCCCCGGGCAGACUGGUCCCUCCCCGCCCCUCAGCCUGUCCACCCUAUCCCAGCCUCUGAAUCUGUCCGCCAAUGGCUUGAUUCUGUCUCUGGGAGCACCAGUUUAUAGUUACCCUGGCAACAAGCCAGAGUUCCUCUCCGUUCUCUCGCUCUCCGUUCUCUCUCUCUCUCUCUCUCUCCCUCCCUCGCUCUCUCUCCCUCUCUGUCUAGUCACCUGCAUCUUAAGGAUCAGAAAAUACUCAGGACAGCGACAAAAUCCUGUGGUUGCCAGGAGCCUUGCUUCCUGUGGAGCACGCUGUCAGGGUUGUGCACAAACACAGUGGGGUUUGGGAGGAAAUUGGACGGAAACCAUCCAUUGGAUGCACAGAGCUUUUUUCUUCCACUUAAUUUGAAGUGUCUUUGGAUCUUGACACAGAGCAACAGUUUGUAAACGGUCACUAAAGCAUUUAAUUGUACUGUGUACACCCCAUGUAGCCUGUGCAUAUGACAAAUAAAGUUGACUUGAUUUGAUUGAAAUGUAUUUUCUCAACCACAGUCGGCAGUGGUAGUGAUGCGCACAGUACUUUCAGUGUCAACAGUUUGCGUUGCAGUAUCAGAAGGGAAUAAGUUGCAUUUUUAUCACCUCCAUGCAAAUAGGCUUUCUUAUCCUCUUCUGAAUCUGAACAGAGUAGACAGGAGUUCCUCCUUCUAACAAACACUGUAAUACACAAACACAAGUAUUCUAGACUUAUUAAACAGAUUUUGAGAUUACAUUUUAACUUUGAAGGGGAAAAUAUGGGGUUGACGGCGGCAACCCCCAAGAUUUAAAAAAGUAUUCAAGAUUAGCCUGAACAGUCUGACAGGGGUGGUGGAGGGAGGUGGGGGGGUAUGCAUUGUGAGGGUUGACUUUCAAAAGAGGGUUGCUUUGGGGGGCAGAGGGAGGGGGAUGGGGGGGCACAUGUUACCCAGUAAACAAUGGGUCUGUGUUGCUAAGCAGCCUAGCCACCAUUAAGCAUGUAGCCUAUAUGGUUUACGUGGUCUAUAGCAGACCAGACAACCAUGCUUGUUUCUAGACACCUAAAACUAUUUUGAAGCCAGAGAAGUGUUGUCUAGACAGACAACAAUAUACAGGAGACAUGUUUUAUGUGCCGGCAGGCUAUCAACAAUCUGCCUCCUACCAAAACAUGACCUGAUUCAGCCUGGUCUGUGCUGCCUUUGAUAUGGGCUAGUUGAUGUUGUGUUUCAGAGAUGGUCGUGGUGGGCUAUGGAGGUCCAGCUGUCUGCCAGAGGCAGUAAUGGCAUGUGUUGUUUUUUUCUCCCCAGACCCAGACAGAGAGCACCAGGACACCACAGCCAGGGAUCCCCUGCCUGACCUGCUGCCCCAGAGAGAGCGCUCUCACCAGGCUUCCCCCCAGCACAGAGCCCUUGGAGUAGCGGACCCGCAAUUGGAAGACGAGGUGGUGGAAUUAGUGGCCAACCAGCUUAAGAGAAUCGGCGAUGACUUGAACACUACGAUCCUCCAGAGAAUGGUAAGGACGAAUGAUCUAUUUGUGAGAUGGUGUAUUGUUUGGUGUGUUCUGAUAAAUGUGUAGAGGUGUUUUCAAUUUAAAUGUAAGUCAGUGUGUGUGUAUAUGUGAGUGGAUGAGUGUGUGUGUGUGCAUGAUUGAGCAUGUGUGCAUGUGCCAGUGGUGUAAAUGGAUCAAUAUGAUAUCCAUGAGCUGGGAGUGUUGUGACUGAAGUUGAGUUUCUAGUUGUGUGAACUUGAUGCCCUUCCCCCUCCCUCUGUCGUCUCCUUACCCCUCCCUUCCUCCCUCCCUCCCUCCCUCCCUCCCUCCCUCCCUCCCUCCCUCCGUGUGCUCUGCUGGGCUGUAUCGCGUGAGGAGCCAGUCAGUGAGGCAGCCGCAGGAGUAAACACAGCCUAAUCUCCCCCUCCCCCCGGCACCCGGCAACCUGCCUCCCCCCUCUGCAGACAAACACAGCUGACGUCACCCUACUCCAGCGUUCACUCACUCACACGGAUGCCACUGCCGAGUUGAUAUUCACUACGUGCGCACAGACAUAGACACAAAUGCUCGCACACGCACACACACAUAAUAAACAGUGAAGUUUAUUACAGUAUAAUAAAGCCCUUGGUCUGUGGAGCAGGUUGGCGAUGUAUUAUGUGCCCUCGUUAAACUGGCUCUUGCCCUACUGUCUGGUAUCAGUGGAAGGACAGGGGAUUUUGGGAAACGUUGUUUACAGUGAGGAUAGCUAAAAGAACAGGGACUUCCUUAGCACAAGUAACAACAAAUGGGCUGCUACAAACACACACACACACUCACCACCACCACACACUCACUCACUCACCACCAGCGACACACAGCACUCACCACCACGCGACACGGACGCACCCACCCACACACGCACGCAGCACACCACGCGACCAGCACGCACCACCACAGGACGCACGCACGCACCCACCACGCGACACGCACGCACCGACCACGCAACAGGCACGCACACCACACCACGCGACACGCACGCACGCACCACCACACCACCACGCGACGCGCACGCACCACCACCACACACGCACGCACCACCACCGCGACACACGCACGCACGCACGCACCACCACGAGACACGCACCACCACCACCACACACGCACGCACGCACCACCACGAGACACGCACGCACCACGACAACCACGCAACAAGCGACACGCACGCACACCACGCAACACGCACGCACCACCACGCGACACGCACGCACGCACCACCACCACGCGACACGCACGCACCACCACGCGACACGCACGCACCACGACAACCACGCAACAAGCGACACGCACGCACCACCACGCAAACACGCACGCACCACCACGGACACACGCACGCACCACCACGCGACACGCACGCACCACCACCACCACGCGACACGCACGCACCACCACCACGCACACGCACGCAGGCACGCACCACCACGCGACACGCACACCACCACCCGACACGCACGCACCACCACCACCACCACGCGACACGCACCACCACCACGCGACACGCACGCACCACCACCACGCGACACGCACGCACCACCACCACCACCACCACCACCACGCGACACGCACGCACGCACGCACGCACGCACCACCACCACCCGACACGCACGCACCACCACCAACAGCGACACGCACGCACCACCACCACACGCGACACGCACGCACCACCACGCGACACGCACGCACCACCACCACCACGCGACACGCACGCACCACCACGCGACACGCACGCAACACCACCACGCGACACGCACGCACCACCACCACGCCACACGCACGCACCACCACGCGACACGCACGCACCACACCACGCGACACGCACGCACCACCACCACGCGACACGCACGCACCACCACCACCACCACCACCACGCGACACGCACGCACGCACGCACCACCACGCGACACGCACCACCACCACCCGACACCACGCACCACCACCACCACCACGCGACACUCACGCACCACCACGCUACACUCACGCACCACAACCACGCGACACUCACGACCACCACCCGACACCACGCACCACCACCACCACCACCUGACACGCACGCACCACCACCGACACGCACCACCACAACCGACACACGCACCACCCCCAACGCGACACGCACUCACCACCACCACCACCACCACCACUCUACACUCACUCACUCACCACCACUCUACACCACCACCCUACACUCACUCACCACCACCACCACCACUCUACACUCACUCACCACCACCACUCUACACUCACGACCACCACCCUACACUCACUCACCACCACCACUCUACACUCACUCACCACCACUCUACACUCACUCAACACCACCACUCUCUAAUGUUUCUCUUGUUCAGUUGUUUUUUCUGCAUCUUGUCUUGUGACCUCCCGUACUGUGCCCCUCUUUCUCUGCGUGGUCAGUGGUUUUCUAUCUUCCCUUACCCUGUAUCCUCCCCUACUCUAUUUCUCUCUCUCCCCACCUCUCAAUCUCUCCUCUCUUUCUCCCUCCCUCCCUGAGCUAUAACUCGCACUCUCUUUCUUUGUGUAUUUUAAGCUUUCUGCUAGCAUCCCUCUGUCUGUCAGUGUCUGGUUUUUACUACUUCUCUCUGUCUCGUUCCCAUAUUCACACACACUCUCUUUCACACUCUCGUUCUCUCUUUUUCACCUCUCUCUCUCUUACUAAGGAGCAGGUUAUUUUUAGUGAGUGACUCAAAGCAGCUGUUGACGGGCGAUGUGCUGCCUCUACUGACUCUGUUUUGCAGACAGUGUCUGUCUGGGACUUCCUAACUCCACCCAGUUGCACCGCAUACACACAUACACACAAACACACACACAGACUCACACGCGAUAAAAGCUCACAUGUUCCAGUAAGGGGCUAUUAAAGGCCAUUAAAAAGUAUAGAAUCUAGAAAGUAUAAAACUGUGUAGUAGUGGUUGCACAUAGCCUAUAUCAUAGUGAUAUGAUGUUGUGACUUUCUCUUAAAGCAUGGAACAGGGAAUGCUAUCCUAUGGCAUUUCUAAAUGAAUCUCUUGGUGAAAUUGCGGAUGUUUGUAAAGACCCAAGCUAUUCUAAAUAGAUCUUGAUAGUUAAGUCAAUUCAGUGUUGUCCAGAAUUAGGUCACUUACGGCCAUGUAGUGUUACACUGCAAUCAUCAACAAUGUAACCUCUAUCCCUUAUUUACUGUUGCAGACUGUUCAUUAUAUCCAUGGCUUGCCAAGGUCACUUUGUCAACAAAUGUUCAUUUGAAGAAGCAUCAAGGCUGAAAGGCCAACAGUAAAAGACACAAUUGUUUUGGGGUUGAGGACAAAUUCUUCCUAUUUCUCUCGCUCUCUCUCUCAGGGUGGUAUCCCCCAACGGCAGGGCUGGAGAGGCCUGUGUCUAGGAGUCCUCAAUUUCCUCUCGGAUACCCUCAGCACUCUGCACCGACUGAGAUAA